AUGCCCGGCAGGUUCUCUUCGCUGAGGCGAUCAACGAGACCAAAAGGUCCCUCUCGACCCUCUUCCUCCCAUGGACAACCUCCCAGCGGGGGGUUGCUGAGACCUCCCACGGUAGGAGGAAGCUCGUCUCGAAGGUCCAGGUCCCAUGAGGCCAGUCGCCGACCACGAUAUCCCCCAACUUCGAGCCCGAGAGAUUCCUACUAUGGCCGUCCCAAGAGAAAGGAAACUCGCUGGCGGUCCGUGUCGCCUCGCGCCCGGCCACCUCCGCCCAGACCAACGGAUCGCGUCCGACGUCGCAUGAACCGAGACUCUGAUAUGUCUGCCGACGAUGAAAGCAGGCCUAUCUCUCGUCGACCAUCGCUGAGUCCUCCUCGUUAUCGCGGCGACCGACCUCCCAGACAAGAACGCCCAAGGCCUCCAACUCUUGGGCACGAAGCACCACCAUCGCCAUGGCCAUCGUCUCCGAGGGUGCCGACGAGCGCACGUCCCCCAAUAAGAUCACACCCAACAGAUAGCUAUAGACCAGAUGCCCAACGUCGACCGUCGUACGAAGCGCCGCGCUCACCAAGACAUCCUCCCCGGGUGCCGAGGCCAUCGCCUCCUCCGGGCUAUAGACCAGCACCUCAUCUCGCUUCGGAGAUGCUGCGCGGGAGGCCCAGGAGGCAUCCCCCUGCUGGCCCGGCUAAACCACAGGCCCCUCCUGAAAGGCCAGCCAAAACUCAAGCUGCUCCCGAAAGGUCGGCCAAGCAUCAGGGGUCCCAUGAAAGGCCGCCCGUCAGGCCUCCUGCUGAGAAGCCCUCCGAGAAGACCCCCGAGAAACCGGCUGAGAAACCGGCUCCAGACCAGCAAAAGAGCAAGUCAAAUGAGUUUCUUCAACAUCUCCCAAAAGCCCUUGCAACGUAUAUUGGCGUCAAGUCAUUGAAUGAGCAUGCCGACACCGCCAAAGAGUGGGCCGACUGGUUCAUGAACAUCCAAAAAGCCCCAGAUGAGUUGCGCGAUCUUUCCAGCAAAGUGACUGCAGCCAAGGACACCAUCGAUCAGAUCCAGACUACUAUUACUGCACGUCCCGAUCUGCUGGAAGGCGACAGUGCCGAUGCUCUCAGGCAACAGAUCGAGUCGGCCAUGAAGAAUGCCAAGGUGGCCCUGAAUAAGAUGACCAAGCUUCUCCAGGACCUGAGGGACGAUGGCCUAGAAGGGACGGUCUGGGAAGGUUUCCACAACUUUUAUAGCUCGUAUAGAUACAAGAAUGAGUGGGAAGACAAGAUCAAGGAAGCUGAUGCCGAUCUUGAGAAGCAGUUGGGAACUCUCAACUCGCUCAUGGUCAACAUUUACUCACGUGCCCUGAUGAAGCCAGCACCUCCAGGGAUGAGCAACCCCCCUCCGCCGCCAGGGUCAAGGAAGCCAUCGACCUCUGCGGGGGCAAGACGGUCGUCUCAUGAGCACAGCUCUUCGAGAUCGAGGGCUGGUUCAACUGGAUUGGAUCCUCCUCCGAUGGGUCAAUUUUACAGGCCUCCAAGUCCAAUCCCGACGCCUACGCCUCCGACUGAGGGACAUUCUGAAGAGAAAUCGCCAGAAAGCAACACUGACAGCAAACAAGCUUGGUCAACUCCGCCAACCGGAGCCCCGACCAAAGAUAACGUCCAGGCCGAUACUGAUUCAACUCAGGCACCGAAAUCUCCACCUAGCGCUGCUGUACAGCAACCGAGCGAGCCGUCAAAGGACGAGCCCAAGAAUGAAGAACCCAAGAAUGAGAAGCCUCCUCCACAGCCAAAGGUUACAAAGGUCAAGGCGCCUAAACAGCGAGCUCCAGCAGACGAUCCCGAAGAUGUCCUUCUUGAUGCCGCCUGGAAUGGCGACAUCGGCGCUUGCGGAGAAGCUCUUCGUAUCGCAUCGCCACUGACGCGUGACCUUCAAGGUCUAACACCACUGCACCUCGCAGCGGAACGUGAUCAUCUUGCCAUCGCGAUGUUACUGCUUGAUCACGGCGCCGACUGUAACGCCCGCGCCAACGGAGGUCGAACACCAUUGCAUCUCGCGGCGAGGUUUGGCUCAGCAGCCAUGGUCGAAUUUCUCGUAGAUGACGGUCGCUCGGACCCCAAUGCGAGGACGAAUGAUGGACGUACGCCUUUACACUACGCAGCGAGUGCUGCUAUGGACGGAGAUGACGAGAGGAGAGAAGUCGUCAGGAUUCUUAGAGAUUGGCGAGCAGACCCGACGAUUGAGGACAACAAGGGUAGAACGCCUCGAGACCUCGCGCAGAAGCGAGACUAUUGGGACGUGUCAUCGACGCUGAGGAGAGCUGAGAAGAAAUGGGAGGAGGAUCACAACCCAAAUUGGCUUCAGCGACACGGAUUCAUGAAAUAGAUGUUGAGACACUGUAGAGAAAAGCUUGCAGGAGCGUAGAUUUUAACAUGACUCGUUUACUCAG